GAAACAUUGUGACGUUGUGCGCAGUUUUCCGCGAAGGGAUUUUUGGAAAAAUAAAUUUGCAAAAAAGUGGAAUUUUCUUCGCGAGCAAAAGGAAAAAGUGACUUGUUGACAAUGCUGACGGAAACAGAGAAUAUUUUUCUCUUCAUUCCCAAUCUCAUUGGCUAUGCCCGGAUUAUCCUGGCCAUUAUCUCGUUCUGGUUCAUGCCAACUGACUACGUCAUCGCCGGGUGGUGUUACAUAAUCAGCGUCUUCCUCGACUGCCUCGAUGGACACGCGGCCAGGCAUUUCAAUCAAUGCACGAAGUUCGGAGCAGUGCUGGAUCAGCUGACGGAUCGCUGUGGGACAAUGUGCCUCCUUGUGACGCUCAGCUACUUCUACCCCAAAUACAUGUUCCUCUUCCAACUCUCCAUGGCAAUCGACAUCUCCUGCCACUGGAUCUACACUCACACCUCCCUGCUGCAGGGCAAAACAUCCCACAAAUUCAUCGAUGCCAAUGAAUCAGCCAUCAUGAGGCUCUACUAUACGAAGAAAGUCUUAUUUACAAUGUGCGUGGGCAAUGAGCUCUUCUACGCUGCUCUGUACUUGCUGUACUUCACUCCAGGACCGCUAAUCCUUGGAUUUUCCACCUUUAAGCUCAUUGCAAUUGUCUCAGCACCUGUGGCGGUUGUUAAGACCUUCAUUUCGCUGGUUCACUGCCGUGUGGCCGUGCAGAAUCUCGGCAUUAUUGAUACGAAUGAACGUCUAGAGGCUAAACAGGUGGACCUGGCCAAGAAGGCGGAAUGAAUUAUGGAAGAAGGUGAUCUUCCAUGGACGUGGUAGAUGCCUCCUCAUCUGUAGCUGUGUAGUUUUUGAGAAUCUUGUGUCUCACCUGUAGAAAGUCAAAGAGAGAGAGAGAGAGAGAGAGAGAGAAGGAGAGUGCGGAGGUGUAGAAGAUUAAGAGCAGGAGUAAAAUAGAUUUAUUAGAUUUCCGUGUAUCCGUUCUAUCACAGUAUUUUCUUCCAGGGGCGCGUGGUUAAUUCAGUGUGGUCAGGAGUUGACCUCCUGACCAUCUGGAGAUUGGAGGAAAGUAAGCAAAGGGCAAAAAUAGACUGUCGUUAAUCAACAAAAAACAUAAAAUCGUGUCAAUGUAAUUCCAAAUUUUAGCAUUUCCCCCCUAAAGAAAAAAAAAAUAGACAAAAUGGGGCAUCAAACCCAAAAUAAAUCAAUCCAAAAGUGGGCCAGACUAUUUUCUUUGAGAGGAUUUUUUUUCGAAUUUAUCAAUCAAAAAUUUAUAUUUUUGAAAAAUUUACGUACUUUUUUUUCAUUUAGUUUGUAAGCUUUGUGUGAAAGAAUAAAAAUGGGAAGAUUUAAUUUCUUUUUAAUUAAUUUAACUAUUUAUUUAGUUUUUUUUCUUCAUUGUAAUUUUCAUAUUGAAAUAUAAUAUUUCGUUUAUUUUUUUUUUAAUUUGGAACACUUAAUUUUGAGGUGAAAAUAUUUUUUUGAAGCAAAGAAAAUGUAUUUUUUUGCAGAUUUUUUGAAACAGUAAAAAAUGAUUAAGUUGUGAAGAAAAAUGAAGGGUAAUUUCUAAGAAAGAAUAUUGAUAUUAUGAAAUACCAGUGUUAUACCAAAAUGAUGAGAAAUAAAGUGUAUUUUAUGUGUAAUAAAA